AAAGUGUGUGAGGGUAUCCAGUCAAUGUGGGGCUUUCUCCCCGUGUGGUCGCCGGUGGUUAGAGUAGGUGGGCUGCUGGAGGAGAUGCCGGGGGGGACGGAUUGUUAACGGGACGUGUAGUAACGCUGCGGUCUCUCCGGUCCCGUUGUUAUGGAGCAGCCACCUGGGAGCGUAGAUGAUCUACAGCCUCAGGACCUCUCCGGCGCCAGCAUCCCCUCUGUGAUCGACCUGACAGGCGAGGAAUGUGUCCUCAACGCCGCGUCCCUCAAGACCCAGGGCUGGUAUGCCAAUUCGGCGAGCAGCAACCAAGGAUUACCCUUCUCAGAGACCGGCUCCCCGGACUCUGCUCUCCAGUCAGCAGAACACAUUCAACCAGACAAUGCCUUCUCUCGCACUACAGUCACCCUCUCCUACGUGAGCAGGUCUCACGUAUUCUCCGCUCAAGACUCGCUGUCUCGCCGCUCGCCUCUGUGCGGUGGGCCGCCCGUUAGCAGCUUCUCCCACCACCCGUCAUGUGACUUGGAGAAAGGGCCCGGGGGGGAGACAGGAUUUUCCCUGGCCCAGCAUUACCUGGAACAGGCUGAGGGUCCAGUGGACCUCGGCAUUCAGACAGAACUUUUGCAGUCGUUAUCUGAGGCUCCAGCGGGACCAGAGAAGGAUGGGGGAGCACGUCUAACACAGGUGCCUAGUGGAGGGGUUUCUGGUCCAUGGGUGCCAAGGAGGAAAGAAGAAGUGGACCACAGUAGGGGUUUAGAGAAUGGUCUAGGUAAUAGUUCAGUUGCAUGUGCAGAAUCCUCACCAGAGACUCUCACUCCUGCAACAGUAGAGGAUCCAGAGAAGAGCACGUCUGAGGCGCUCUUACUCAUGUCUAGAAAGCAGGACCCGGUGGUUGUCCUGGAAAGCGUGGCUGCUAGAGACCUGUGUUCCCUGAGCAGGGAGUACAUCAGUCCCCUGGAGGACCCUGUCUCCCCCUCCGCUACCUCACUGGACGAUGUGGAGGAUGUCUUCAUCCUUCCUCAGGCCUCCAGCUCGCCCAGCGGCGACACCUCCAAUCUAGAGGCAGCGGAGGAGGUUGCAUGGGAUGUCUCUAGAACAGAAGGGGCCAUUCAGGAAGGCUCUGACAUCACAAGGUUGGAUUCAAUCGAUGAAAACAAGCAGCCAGUCCAUGGACAGAAGUCAGCGAUAGAGCCUAUUAUUGACUUGACAGAUGAUGUUUGUGUGUCCAGUGUUUUAGAGGACAAACCCAAGACUGUUAUUCCCCACAUGAAUGGGAAUGCAAAGGCCCAAGAGAGAACUUUAACAGAAAAAAAACUGCCGUGGCGCUCCAGCAGAGGGACGCGACUGGGUGCUAUAGUUAUGAACAUAAAUUCAAGCAGGUAUAAAGUAUCAGGAUGCAUACGCACCAAUAAGAAAGCCCGUGCUUCCCCACCGACAGCUAGUAUUUCUAACCUAGAAGAGACUAAAAGUAAAAACACCCUGCCAGUAGGAAAAAGGAAAAGCAGAGCGAAGUCAUCUUCCCCUGUGAAAACAAUAAAACAAAAAGCCGAAACUCCAGUGAAAAAGGUUCAAACUAAUAACAUUAACACUGACUCUACCUCUGACUCUAAAUUGCUCAGCAUUUCUAAAAAGUCACAGAGCAGCACACCUCCAAAAAGUCCUCAGCUCGCCGUGCACAAGAGGUCAAGGCAAGAGCCAAAGGAUGUUUCACUCCCUGUACGUUCUCCACAGACGAGCCCCAAGCAGCCGAGGAGGAGGAGACGCUCAUCCCAGUCCAGUCCUCAGUCUGCUGCUCACAAGAACUCUAAGAAGGAGACAGAGCCUGUGUCUCGCCCCGUCCCCACAGUGGAAAUAAAGGUGGCAAGAAUUUCCCCACCACCGUCGAAGUCUCCAAAGAAAAGUCCAGGCAAAGGCAAAGGCAAGGCUGCAGGUAGCAAAACACCCCCCACUGCCAAGACGAAGGCCAAGAGGAGGCGAAAGCAACUCAUGAGCAGUCAGUCUUUGUCCAUGUUCUCCCCCAAGGAGCCGGAGAUCAAGUUGAGGUACGUCAACUUCAAGGAGGAGAAAAGGGAGCUGAGGUCCGACAGUUUCUCUCCGUUCAUCCGCACGGAGCGUCGGCAGCCAUCGCCUUCACUGUGUUCUGUCGUCAACUACCAGGAGGAGGUGAGGACACCAUGCAAGAAGGGUCCGCAGCAGCAGCAGCAGGCUAGGGACCCCGGGGACUUCCUCUCUGCGGUUGUCCCCAGUACGUCUUGUCUCCAGCUGGGCCGGGCGUCCACACAGAGCCAGCACCAGCGCUCUCUCGUGUGCUGCCUGUGCGGGAAAGCGGCCAACGCCAUGGACUUGGGGGACCUCCACGGCCCGUACUACCCCGACGGGUACCAGCCGAGCACCAAAAGACCAGCCAGCAUAUCGCAGCUCAAAGAGGAGGAGGACGGUUUCAGCGAUUCCGACUCCUCGUCCUGCAGUGGCAGAGGCAGGAGGAGGAAGCGUGCUGUUCCGCCCACACAGUGGUCCUUCAGGCCGGGUGGUCAGCGCCAGCAGAAGGGCGCCCUGGAGAGCCACCGGUGGAGCAGUAACGGCACGGGCAGCCCCGCGGCUAAGAGGGCUCGCUCAGACGCCAGCACUGCAGAGGUGGAGGACUGGUACAGCCCCCCCGUGCUGCCCCUGGAGCCCUGUGAGUACUGGCUCCAUGAAGACUGCGGCAUCUGGUCCGCCGGCGUGUUCCUCGUGAAGGGCAAAGUCUACGGACUGGAGGAGGCGGUCAAGACGGCACAAGAGAUGAUGUGCUCAGCGUGUGCUGAUCCAGGUGCGACUCUGGGCUGCUUCUUCAAAGGUUGUCCCAACAAGUACCACUACAGAUGUGCUCUGGUGUCAGAGUGUGUACUCCUUGAAGAAAACUUCUCCAUGAAGUGUAAGAAGCACAAGGACAAGACGCUCAAAGGUCCUGCAGGGAACCGAGGGAACAACAGGUGACGACGUUGGUGUGAAACUCAUGAGACGUUCCCCUGCAGCGUCUGCUGGUAACCGCGGCAACAGUGGACCAGGCUCCUUCUGACUGACAGCUAGCACCCCCAAACCUUAACUUCCUCCUCUGCUCCUCGUCCAGCUGUUGGACCGGACAUCAGCGACUGGAGGAGCUCAGUCACAGAGAGCCGCCUUGACACCUGAAGACUGACAAAUCCUCCUCGCUUCAUUUAAAGUAACAGGCUGAAUUUGAGGAGUAAUUUAUUGAGGGUUUUUUUCUUUUUCAUGGAUUAAAUGAAAAACAAUCAAAGAUAUUUAAUUUUUUUAAAGAUUUUCUAAGUAUUUGACUAUAUUUGGUUUAUUUAUUCCUGAAGUUUCUCAUUGGCUUCUUUAGCAGUUGUCAAGAAUGUUUGACUGUUUCUUUAUCUUUUCGUAAGUUAUUGAUGAAACUGUUCAAGAUUGAAAUUUCAAUCCAGUCAUGGAGACACAGGUUUUAUGAACAGAUGGGACAGUAAAAAGGGCCGGACAGUAUAUUCUAAGGACCCUCUCAGAACUAAGGUACCUGAACGGACGCUGUCGACACGACAGCUUUUUUUUAAUUUUUUUUAUUUUGGGACUCACACAUGGCAUUACUUUUUGUUUCGCAAAGUCCAGCUCACUCAGAUGACACGUGGCAAUUAACAAUGGGCCCAGUUGAUGUUGCAGAUGAAGGGGAGCAGUGUAUGUUUGAAUGUAUUCUCUCGGUGUGAGGGCUUUCUGCAGGAUGCACUUUGGAAGAGGCACUGAACACGUGGUCCUCUGCUCCGGCUGCAGGGUUUCUGUCUUGGCCUCACACACACACACACACACACACACACACGUUGAUAAGCAGAGCAGUAAAAUUGGAUUGGAUUCAAUUAGUAUGAUGUGAACUGCAACGUGUUCACAUUUUCUCUGCUGUGCAUUUUAUUAGUCACAAUUAAUAAUAACCUGAUUAAUUAAUGCAACACAGUUCAUACAUUUGAUCAAAUCCAUUAUUGUAAACAUGUAUCACCACCUGACAAUACAUAAUCCCCUAGUUAUCGUAUCUAUUUCAAUCAAAUCUGCUUUAAAAUAAUCAAAUCACUUGAUAUUUGUCAAUAUUCCUUUCGAUUCAUGUCCAUUUUCAUCACCUCCAUUUUUGGUUCCUCCCCCUCCCAGAUGACAUGUGAUUUUAUAUAUAUAUAUAUGUUUUGGCCUAAAGCACUUUGACUUCUCAUGUCAGACUGAGGGCAAUUAAAUGUUCCCGUGAUCUGUUCAUCUGGGACGUCCUGACAUCAGUACUUUGUUUUUAAAUAUGUUUUUUCCUUCACGUGAUGAGAAGCCCUUUGCUGCCAUUCAUCGGCUGUUUACUUGGGUUUGUCCUCUGUCGGAGCUGCAAUCCUUUUUUCAAUCCAUUUGAUUUUCAUUACUGUUGAGUGAACCUCAACAAAGCCUGUUCUGUUCUCGGCUUCACCAGUGUCACUGAGGUUUAAAGCGGAUGUAUGUUUGCAGACGUAUCACUGGCAUGGAGAAUUCUUGGUUUACAUCAAUGUUCAUUUUAGUAGCCGUGCUGGUGAUUUCAGCUCUGAUGUGGUGUGAUUUCUUCUUUUCUGGACCCGGAAGACCUGACUGGUGCGUUUCCUGCAGAACCUUUCUGAAAACGCCUUAUCUGAUGUGCAAAAGUUGGUCUUUCCCUCUUCUUGCUCUCUUGUUGUGCAAAGACAAAUCAGGGGAUGUACGUCCCCUUCCUUUAAACAUCCUGAUAAAGGCAGCUGUCAAUCAUUUCUGUGCUGCAGACUUUGUAAUUGUUGUAAGUGCACGUCAGGCAAAUUCCUGAUGAACCCACAGGUACCCACUGACUCUCUGGGACUGGUGUGAACGAUGGACUGACAUCUCUUCCAGGCGUAUUGUUCAGGUCAGGGCUUUGGCUGCUCAGUGUGUUUUAAGCAAAAAGUCUGUGUGAUCAGUGUCGGUGUAAAGUCUCUGUUGUACUCUUCAAUACCGCCACUGGGGGCAGUGUUGUGUCUGAGACCACUGCAGUGUCCCACCAGCAGCAGCGUGUCACAGUAAAACCUUCAUCUCUGUCCUGGAACACCUUCUCUCUCAUGUGUGCCAUUAUCAAUUUAUUAUUAUUAAUUUAUGUUCCUUUUGUUGCAAGACUUUUUUUUGUCGUUGAGAGAGCCUGACAUUUUCUCUGCAUUUGUUGAUUGUUCCAAAUGGUUGUUUGCGUCAUACCAAAUGCAGCUUUUGGAAUAUGUAUUGUUCUUAUGAUUUGUUUUGGUGAUAUUUUGUCCAUGUGUUAAUCUCAGGGCUGAUUGUCAGAUAUUCUUUCUGUUUCUGUGUCGACCCCACAUUGACUGGAGCGGUGAUACAUGCAGCAGGAUGUGGUUCAUCUCCUCAAAUGCAAGCGUCUCUGUCCUGGCACACACCACCCAUCACAUUCCAACGCCUCCAUGUGUCUGUCUGUGCUGCCGUGAGUUUAGGCGUUCACUUUGGACUAGUCUGCCAACUCGUGUCACUUUUUUUUUAAUUAUUAUUAUUUUACGACAACUUUUUGUACUGUCUCAUUCACCUCUUGGAGGAUCAGAGGUCAUGUUAUUGUCAAAAAUAAAUAUUUUGCUCAA